UCGUGCGGAGCAGAAUUUUCCAUUGGCUUAUGUUCAUAUGUAAAUAUAUAUUAUUAUUUUAAUUUUUUGCAGUUUUUUGUUGUCCAAAGACAGCCUGGAAAUGAGAGAUGUUCUCCCUGGCUGAUGUCUCAGAAGAACCCUGUCCAACCUGUGGAUAGCGUGGAGCGCGUCUGUGGCCACCGGUCAGCCUCCGCUCUCCGGGACGCUCGUCUUUCGGCUCACUGAGCGCGACUGGCACCAUCUGCUCCGAUUCUGUGCGUCAGCGUGGCAUCCCGUGUUUGAGCCCAAGCUGUGUGCAGGCAUUCAGUUUAUGAAUGGCACUGACAUGGAGGAAAUACCGUUUCAGAAAGUCAAAACCAGGCGGAAGAGAAGUCACUGCCCCCCGGGCGUCCCCUUGACCACGAUCGCUUGCGAGGACGAGUUCGACUGCAAGGAACUCGAGUCCCUCUUCCAGAACUACAAUCUGAAACUGGAGCAGACGUCCACCCUCAAAGCCCUGGCGGUCCUCAUCUUCGCUUCUGCCACCCUGGCUGUGGUGGAGUUGCUGUCCGGCCCCAGCCUCACCAUCUCCAAAGGGUCCCACCCGGUUCACGGCGUCAUCUUCCUCUCCCUUUUUAUAGUAACUAAUGUCAAAUACCUGCAAGUGACUCAGCUCCAACAGAUCGUGAACCUGACGCUGCUCUUCGGGUUCACCUUCUCCUUCCUGUGCUGUCCCUUCUCCCUGGGCGCGAUGGGAAUGGAGCCCCCGACGUCCCCAGACCAGGGCGUGUGGCAGCUCAUCCUGGUCACCUUCGUCGCCUACGCGCUGCUACCUGUGCGGACACUCCUGGCUGUUGUUUUUGGGAUCAUGGUGUCCGUCUCGCAUUUGAUUGUGACCGCAGCCUCGGUCACAGUGAAAACACAGAAACUCUGGAGAACGCUGGUUGCAAAUACAGUCUUGUUCACCAGUGUCAACCUGUCAGGACUGUUUGUGCGCAUCCUAACAGAGCGUGCUCAGAGGAAGGCCUUCCUGCAGGCUCGCAACUGCAUCGAGGAAAAACUCCGCAUGGAGGAUGAGAACGAGAAACAGGAGCGCCUGCUAAUGAGUCUGUUGCCCAGGAACGUAGCUAUGGAGAUGAAGGAGGAUUUCCUAAAACCCCCUGAAAGGAUCUUUCACAAAAUCUACAUCCAGCGUCAUGACAAUGUCAGCAUCCUGUUUGCAGAUAUCGUUGGUUUCACCAGCCUGGCCUCUCAGUGCACAGCCCAGGAACUGGUUAAGCUGCUAAAUGAGCUGUUUGGAAAGUUUGAUGAGCUCGCCACGGAAAACCACUGUCGCAGGAUCAAGAUCCUGGGGGAUUGUUAUUACUGUGUGUCUGGACUGACCCAACCCAAAACCGACCACGCCCACUGCUGUGUAGAAAUGGGUCUAGAUAUGAUCGACACCAUAACGUCAGUCGCAGAGGCAACAGAAGUUAACCUUAACAUGCGUGUGGGCUUGCACACGGGUCGGGUUCUCUGUGGGGUUCUGGGCCUCAGGAAAUGGCAGUAUGAUGUUUGGUCGAAUGAUGUGACACUGGCCAACGUAAUGGAAGCUGGGGGGCUACCAGGGAAAGUUCACAUCACCAGGUCAACGCUGGAGUGCCUAAACGGAGACUACGAGGUGGAGCCUGGAAACGGUCACGAGAGGAACUCCUUCCUUCAAAAGCAUGAAAUAGAAACUUUCUUUAUUGUGCCAUCUCACCGACGGAAGAUAUUCCCAGGAUUGAUUCUUUCAGAUAUAAAGCCUGCCAAAAAGAUGAAGUUCAAAACUGUGUGCUACUUACUAGUGCAGCUUAUGCACUGCAGGAAGAUGUUCAAGGCUGAGAUUCCCUUCUCCAAUGUCAUGAACUGCGAGGACGGUGACAAGCGGAGGGCCAUGAGAACAGCUCCUCAAAAGAUGAGGAACCGCACCAACGCCAACCAGGCCAACCUGAUCCAGAGUAGCCCCAGGACUCGGGUCAACCGCUACAUUGGUCGGCUGAUCGAAGCCCGCCAGACUGAGUCCGACACAGCAGACCUCAACUUCCUCACACUCAUGUAUAAGUGCUCUGAGCACGAGCAGAGGUACCACCAGCUUCCUGAUGAGUACUUCACCAGUGCUGUGGUCCUCUCUCUGAUCCUCGCUGCCUUGUUCGGCCUUGUUUAUCUCCUCAUUAUUCCACAGGGGACAGUGGUACUAAUUCUCCUCGUCUUCUGCAUCUGCUUCCUAGUAGCGUGUAUUAUGUAUCUGCAUAUUACUAGAAUACAGUGUUUUCCAGGGUGCCUGACCAUUCAGAUCCGAACGGCUCUCUGUGUUUUCAUAGUGCUCUUAAUCUACGCUGUGGCCCAGGCUUGUGUUGUGGGCUGCAUGCCCUGGCUUUGGGGUAGUACCAACACAAACAGCUCCAUUGUCAUCAUCGAAAAGGACAGCGAAGCCAACCGCACCAUGGCGGAACUGCCCUGUGAAGGGGCUCACUAUGCCUUCCUCUCCUGUGUGGUGGGCACCCUCACCUUGGCCAUUUUCUUACGUAUUUCCUGGCUGCCAAAGAUGGCGCUGAUGCUUCUUUUGGGGGUGCUGUAUGUCACCAUAUUGGAGCUCAGUGGCUUCCGCAAGACGGCAGGUGGGGGGUCCUUCCACAUCCGGGGCUACGAGCCCAUCCUGUCUCUGUUGCUCUUUGUCAGCGCCCUGGUCCUCCACUCCAGGCAACUUGACCUCAAACUGCGCUUGGACUUCCUCUGGGCUGUGCAGGCAGAGGAGGAGAGAGACGGGAUGGAGAAAGUAAAGCUGGACAACAGGAGGAUCCUCUUCAAUCUACUGCCUGCCCACGUGGCUCAGCACUUCUUAAUGUCAAACCCCAGGAACAUGGUGAGCCAUGCUAACAAACAGGCAGGCAGUCAGACAGACAAACAGGAUUUGUAUUAUCAGUCCUACGCCCAAGUCGGCGUCCUGUUUGCAUCGAUUCCAAACUUUAAUGAUUUCUACAUUGAACUGGAUGGCAACAACAUGGGAGUGGAGUGUCUGAGGCUGCUCAAUGAGAUCAUAGCUGACUUUGAUGAGCUCAUGGAUAAGGAGUGCUACAAAGACAUUGAAAAAAUCAAGACCAUUGGCAGCACAUACAUGGCCGCUGUGGGACUCGUCCCCACAGUUGGCACCAAGGACAAGAAGUCCAUUUGUGACCACUUGAACACCAUCGCCGACUACGCUAUCGAAAUGUUUGACGUGUUGGACGAAAUCAACUACCAGUCCUACAACGAGUUUGUCCUGAGAGUGGGUAUCAAUGUGGGUCCAGUGGUUGCCGGGGUGAUAGGAGCACGGCGGCCUCAGUACGACAUCUGGGGUAACACGGUCAAUGUGGCCAGUAGGAUGGAUAGUACUGGUGUUCCAGGAAAAAUACAGGUGACUGAGGACGUUUACCGUAUACUGAAUUGUAACUACGACCUGGUCUGCAGAGGUAAAGUCAGUGUAAAAGGUAAAGGUGAGAUGCUGACUUACUUUCUGGAAGGGAAGGUGCAGGGCGUCGGCACGGCAACCACCUCAUCGGUGAUGCGAUCCACCAGCCUUGCGCGCCGUAUCCAUUCCUGUGGCAAGACGAGCGUCCCGACCAAUCUGGGCAGCAUCUCCCCGGCCGUCAGCCUGACCGCUCACACCAGCGUGGGAAGCAGCAUUCAGAUGAACGUUGCCAACAUCAGCAACAGCCAAGCGACAUGUUUGCCCUCAUCCUGUGUUCCGGCAGUGGGCGAGGAGGACGAGGAUGAGGACGCAGAGGUGACAGGGAUUCAGAUCGAGGCUGUGGCGGCUAUUGCAGAGGCAUCUGUGUAGAAAGAAACUCAAGACUGUCUCAUGUGCAGCAAAACCGUCCGGAAAGGGUUCAGGAAUUAACUUUAAAUCCUGAGAUACAAGCAGGGAUGUUUUCAUCCAGGAUCCAAACGUCCGGAUACAUGAAACGACGAUGCAGAUGCAGGUCUUGCUUUAGAGAUUUUUAAUCACAUAAAAAGACGAGACACAGAGCAAAGAAAGAAGCAUCUGAAGCAUCUCUGCAACAGCUGGUUCUACUGGCGGUGUUCUCGGGUCCUUUCAGAUCCAGGUGCAUCUAUUGUUUUAUAUGACAUACAUAUUCCCAUCAAAGUGGAAGGUGUACACUGAUGCUCAAAGACGCUUCACGCAUUCGCUUUGCACUGUCUUUCUGAAUAUGCCAAGGAUAUAUUACAUUAUUUACGGAAACAAAUCGUGGUUCUUUUCUCUCUUUCCUUUUGUUUUUGGUGUAUGCAUGUGUGUUUUUGUGAGUGUGUGUAUGCAUGUGUGAUGAUUAGUUUGGAAUUGUAACAAAAUAGGACAAAAUCCUUCAUGCAUAUAUAUAUAUAUAUAUAUAUAUAUAUAUAUAUAUAUAUAUAUAUAUAUAUAUAUAUAUAUAUAUAUAUAUAUAUAUAUAUAUAUACGUAUAUAUAUAUAUAUAUAUAUAUAUAAACACAUGUAUACCCACUUCUCACUGGAUGGAACACACUUUGUAUGACAUAUGGCAUGUUAGCAGUUAAUUAUUUAAGACUUAAAGCCAUAGUAAUGACACUUCUGUUGAAGGAAAACCAAAGUAAUGAGCGUUCCUUAGAACUUUAAGUUUUACAACUUUUAUUGCCUCACCAUAGGAGGAACACGCUGCAGACUGGAGGUCUUAAAGGUCAACAGAAAGAGCAGACAAAGGUGGAACAACUGUGUUCGGAUGAAUGUAUUCUGCUUUUCAACUAGUUCAUGCCAAAAUAAGACAAAGACCAGAAGACUGAAGUAUUCCCUCAUCCAAUGGCAGUAAGCCUGCAGAUUUCAAGGUGUUAAAGGGGGGUGUUUGUUUAUAAAGAAUAGAGCACACGAGGAAAAUAAGCACACCGUUUUCACAAAUGCGUGACCUUUAAGUGUUUCAAAUGCACGUUCACAUAUUUCCUCAAGAAACCUUGAUGCAGCGUCUAGCUGCUGCUGGUUUUUUAGACAUUUUACAUUUUUACACUUCUUCCGCUUUUUCAUUACAACACAGCUGCAGCUUUCUGUGGAACAAGCUUGAGCACAACUCUCACGUGCUGCUUCAGAAGUGUGUCGCAUUCCUUUAUAGCCCAUGUUUUAGGUCCAUAGCCAUUUCACUUAAACUGCAAAAGUGUGACUACAUCACAUUUCAAGUGUCUUGCCUUAUUCAAUAAGCUUACAGUGACUGCAACAUGCCUUUUUAGAUAUAUUCACUUUGAUAUUCAGAUCAUACUUAUUUUGUAAAUAGCCAAAACCUGUAAACUAUGUUGGAUCUUGUACAGUUUAAAGUUGGGUUAUUAAAUAUUUUGUAAUAAAUACUAUAUUGGUGUAUAAAACA